AUGGGUGAACGAAAGGUGCAAGCAAAGUAUUAUCCACCGGAUUUUGAUCCGUCACGUCUCCCUCGCAUCAAGAAGAAGCGCCAGAACGACGAUGCCGUGCGCUUCAUGCUUCCUAUGUCGGUACGCUGCGAAACGUGCGGGGACUUCAUGGGCACCGGUCUCAAGUUCAAUGCCCGCAAGUCAGACACGGAGGAGACAUAUCUCGGUAUUCGUAUCUUCCGCUUUUCGAUGAAGUGCAAGGGUUGUCCGGCUACUUUUAUCAUCAAGACAGACCCGAAGAAUGGCGAUUACAUUUGCGAGUCUGGCGUAAGACGCAAUUAUGAGCCAUGGCGGGCUGCCAAGGACGCGGAGGAAGAGGGGAAGGAGGAGAGGAAACGGCAAGAUGAUGAUGCCAUUCAAGCGCUUGAGAACAAGACUAGGGAUGCAAAAGAGGAAAUGGAGGAGCUUGAUGCCCUUGAUGAGCUGAAGUCUCUAAAUGCGAAGCGAGCGAGAGUCAAUGUGGAAGACGUGCUUUCGCGGGGGCGGGAUGCCGAAAAGCGGCGUGUCGAUGCAGAAGAGCUGGAGAUCCUCAGAGAGGCUAAGAUUGCCUUUGAACAGAGGCGAAAUUUGGUUGGAAAGUUUGACGCAUCAGAAAGGCAUCUUCCCACACCUAGAAGCGAAGGAAAUCCCAAGCGUAUGGGAAAUGAUCCCAAUCAGAGCACACCAAAGAGGCGGGCGUUCGGUUUGAAAAUCGUCAAAACUAUCAAGAAAGCCAACUCAUUGGCUUCUGCUGUGGUCAAGAGCGACUCUGCGAAGACGACCGCAUCAUCUGACCAAGACCUGGUUGGAUAUGAUUCAAGUAGUAGUGAUGGUGAAUAA